GCUGCGAGAGCGGCGCGCACCGACAGCCGGACGGACGGACUGACUGGCGGCUGGUCGGACAGACGGGGCAGCGCAGGGAGCUGGGACGCGGCGGGACAGCGACAUGGCCGGCCACACGCAGCAGCCGAGCGGGCGCGGGAACCCGGGCCCUGCUCCCUCGCCCUCCCCCGGCCCGGGCCCUGGGCCCGGCGCCUCGGAGCGGGUGGCGCUCAAGAAGGAGAUCGGGCUGGUGAGCGCCUGCACCAUCAUCAUCGGAAACAUCAUCGGCUCGGGCAUCUUCAUCUCCCCCAAGGGGGUCCUGGAGCACUGUGGCUCCGUGGGUCUGGCCCUCUUCGUCUGGGUCCUGGGUGGGGGCAUCACUGCCUUGGGCUCACUCUGCUACGCGGAGCUGGGAGUCGCCAUCCCCAAGUCUGGUGGGGACUACGCCUAUGUCACCGAGAUCUUCGGGGGCCUGGCUGGCUUCCUGCUGCUCUGGAGCGCCGUCCUCAUCAUGUACCCCACCAGCCUGGCCGUCAUCUCCAUGACCUUCUCCAACUACGUGCUGCAGCCCGUGUUCCCCAACUGCAUCCCCCCGGCCGCUGCUUCCCGUGCGCUCUCCAUGGCCUGCCUUAUGCUCCUGACGUGGGUGAACAGCUCGAGCGUGCGCUGGGCCACGCGCAUCCAGGACGUGUUCACCGGCGGGAAGCUGCUGGCCCUCUCGCUCAUCAUUGGCGUGGGCUUUGUCCAGAUCUUCCAAGGACACUUCGAGGAGCUGAGGCCCAGCAACGCCUUCGACUUCUGGAUGACGCCAUCCGUGGGUCACCUGGCCCUGGCCUUCCUCCAGGGCUCCUUUGCCUUCAGCGGCUGGAACUUCCUCAACUAUGUCACCGAGGAGCUGGUGGACCCUCGGAAGAACCUACCUCGUGCCAUCUUCAUCUCCAUCCCCCUGGUGACCUUCGUGUACACCUUCACCAAUGUCGCCUACUUCACUGCCAUGUCCCCCCAGGAGCUGCUGGCCUCUAACGCAGUGGCCGUGACCUUCGGGGAGAAGCUGCUGGGCUACUUUGCUUGGGUCAUGCCCGUCUCCGUGGCACUUUCCACUUUCGGAGGGAUCAAUGGCUACCUGUUCACCUCCUCCAGACUGUGCUUCUCUGGAGCCCGAGAGGGGCACCUGCCCAGCCUGCUGGCCAUGAUCCACGUCAGACACUGCACCCCUAUCCCUGCCCUCCUCGUCUGCGGCGGGGCCACGGCAGUCAUCAUGCUUGUGGGAGACACGUACACGCUGAUCAACUAUGUGUCCUUCAUCAACUACCUCUGCUACGGCGUCACCAUCCUGGGCCUGCUCGUGCUGCGCUGGAGGUGGCCGGCACUCCAUAGGCCCAUCAAGGUGAACCUCCUCGUCCCCAUCGCAUACUUGGUCUUCUGGGCAUUCCUGCUGGUCUUCAGCUUCAUCUCGGAGCCCAUGGUGUGCGGGGUGGGCGUCAUCAUCAUCCUCACGGGGGUGCCCAUUUUCUUCCUGGGAGUGUUCUGGAGAAGCAAACCAAAGUGUGUGCACAGACUCACAGGGCUCCCCGGAGGAGGAGGAAAAUGGUCCCUGCCAGCCCUCCCCACUGCCCGCCGCCACGGACAAGCCCUUGAAGACACAAUGAGACAUUUGUGGAGCCUUGAAGCAGCUGUUUCUGUUUACAUGUUGUUUAUGAGGAGGUGUUUUUGCAAAAAAAAAAAAAAAAAAAAAAAAAAAUUUCUUUCCUGGGGAAAAGAAGAGAUCCGACUCUUAGAGGCCUGUGGUAAGGAAGCCCUGAAGAUGUGGACUGGGUCCCCUGUCAGCGCUUCCCCGCUAGCUUUUCCUGGAAAGGUCUACGAAUAAAACAGGGCUGGUGGUGUACCUAUCUCAGGUGAGUCCCUGGUGGGCACCUCUCGGUGGUGGGCACCCCUCGUGGGGGGCACGCGUGGAGCUGGCUGGAGAAGGGG